UAGGGUGGGCCAAGCAGCGUCUGUGACCAAGUCAAAUAUAUCCUGGUGACAGCGGCUUUUACGCAGAAAAUGAGAGGAAAUCAGUCGUGUCGUGCCGGUGAUUUCACAACAUAUGAAAUUUAGCCACUAAUCAGAUUCAUGAUUAAAAUGACUCUGACAAACGGUCUAAAAACAUGUAAAUAAAGAGUCAAUUAAUGAGGAACAGCGACGAAAACGCUAUAAAGAAGGAAGAGAAGGUGAUGGGGAAACGACAUGAGACCAAAACUAAUUAACAUAACGGAACCGAGAACAUGGUUUUAACACUUUGUGGGAUAUAAUUAACUUUUUGUUCUAAAAUGCAUAAGAAAUGGAUCCGUCGGAGGUUGCCUGUCUUGAUUUUCACCUUCUUCAUCAUUCUCUACGUGGAUUUUCAAUUGCGCACCAGCAACCCUCCCAAACUCAGAGUGGUCCACGACUCAUCACCCGGUGCGCUCCACCGCGCCAUACAGCAGGCUCCCUCCCCGGACAACGACGCACAGAAGCCGGCUACCAACAGCAGCAGCGGGAACGGUAGACACCCGGUGAAUGAGGGUGCACAUGUCACCCAGCCGAAGCUGAAGCAAGAGGACAUCUUCAUUGCUGUGAAGACCACGGGGAGGUUCCACAAGACGCGUCUUGCGCUCCUUUUGGAGACAUGGAUCUCCAAAUCCAAGGCGCACACGUUCAUUUUCACAGACACGGAGGAUGAGGACUUAAGUUCAGAGGGUUAUAACAUGGUGGUAACAGGCUGCCAGUCAGAUCACAGCCAGCAGGCUCUGUCCUGCAAGAUGUCUGCUGAGUAUGACGGCUUCAUGGCCUCAGACAAGAGGUGGUUUUGUCAUGUGGAUGAUGAUAACUAUUUGAACCCAGACGCCCUCGUCUCCCUGCUCUCAGCCUUCCCCCAGGAAGGCGACAUCUAUGUGGGCAAACCGAGCCUGGACAAGCCCAUCACUGCACACGAACUUCUGGAGGGCAACGCAACGAGGGAGGUACGGUUCUGGUUUGCUACAGGAGGAGCAGGUUUCUGUCUCAGUCGGCGGCUGGCAGAGAAGAUGGCUCCAUGGGCCAGUGGCUCCCGGUUUGAGCAGACAUCUGCGACCAUCCGUCUCCCUGAUGACUGUACAGUGGGCUUUAUUGUGGAGAAGAGGUUGGGCAUCUCCAUGGUCCACUGUCCUUUGUUCCACUCUCACCUGGAAAACCUGCUGCUCAUUAGCCACAGAAGCAUCCCACACCAGGUGACACUGAGCUAUGGGAUGUUUGAGAACAAAAUGAACAGCAUUGAGGUGAAAGGAAGCUUCUCUAAAGAGGACGACCCCUCCAGGUUCAAAACUGUCCACUGCAUGUUGUAUCCUUUCACCAGCUGGUGUCCAUGAGCUUUUCAUAAGAGACGACUGUUGACCUUCCUGGAUGAAAGGCUUUUCCUGGGAAUUAUACUGUAUGUCUUUUCUCUGCAGAGAAAACCAAUAGUUUCAGUUUGAUGAAACAGUAUUAGAUACAGAUACCAGAACAUGUGGCUGAAGCCUUGGACACACACUCUUAGUCCUUCUGUGUCUGUUUAUAAGACUGAUACUCAUCUACUCAGAGAAGAGGAUCUAAAGAGAGGCUUGUCUAUGAUGUGAAAAAGGCCUUCUCUUCUUCACCUCUGUGUCACAGACUGUUGAAGAAGAUCGUGAAGGUUUGCUUGUUUUUAUUUGUUGGGAGUGAAGCACUUAAGAUGAGGUAGAUCUUGUCCUUGUAACUUACUGAAACUCUGUGAAGUUGUUAUGACGAAUGAACAAAAUGAAAAUGAGACUGUUCUUAUUUGUACAUCAUUUCUGUGCACUUUGAUUUGAUUAAAGUUUGAUCUAUCUUGUG